CGCGUAUUUAACGUCAGCCGGAGAGCCGUGAUCUCACGUUACAAAUGGCGGAACAGCAGCAACGUGACUCGCUAUGCCCCCGGCUGAUCGACUAUCUGGCAAUUGUGGGGGCCCGCUCAACGCAUGUGACACGCACCGGGACUGGCAACGUAGGCUCUGCCUCCGGCUCUGCCAGUCAAUCGUCCGUGCAGCUGCCGGAACUGUUGCGACGCUACCCUCCAAUGGAUCAUGAUGAUUUUCCGCUUCCGUUGGAUAUGGUGUACUUCUGCCAGCCGGAAGGAUGCGUUAGCGUGGGCUCUCGGCGGACGGGUUCGGCGAUCCGCGACACGACCUCGUUUGUGUUUACGCUUACCGACAAAGACUCGGGCAAGACGCGGUACGGUAUAUGUGUGAAUUUUUAUCGUCCUAUCGAAAAAUCGUUACCCCGUGUGAGCAUCGGUUCGGGUACGGCGGCCAACAAACAGCCACCGAACUGUUCGCUGCGGCGUGAGUCGUGGCGCAAGAGUAUGGAGAAGAGUUCCGAUUCUGCCUUUUCCAGUGACUAUCGGAGCAGCAAUAUAGCGCCGAGCGACUCUUCCGACCGAGACUGUCCCAGCAGACGGGACUCGGAUCCACCGAAUGCUAGCACCAACUACGGCACUACCCAUCAGUCACUGUUGGGCGUGGUUGGACCGUCCGGGGACUCGGAAUCUGGUGGCAGCCAUUCGCCCUCGCCACGGGCGUCUCGCAAGCGUUCGAAAAUCCGCAACCAUUCGCUCACCUCCCUGUGCAUACUGUCGCACCAUCCAUUUUUGACCAUUUUUCGCGAAUGUCUGUUCAUUCUGAAGCGAUUAAUUGACGCGUGCAACGAUUCGUGCAGCCCGAAGCGGAUCGGUGCUGCACGACCUUCGGUACGGGACAGCGUUUGGAAUGUGCUUACCAACCAGGCGUCCGAGUCGACCAGCUCUGUCAUACUGCACGACGUGCAGGAGAUCGAAACCUGGAUCCUGCGGUUACUGUCAGCGCCCGUACCCGUGCCCGGCUCAACGCGUGUAGAGGUAGACGUCCUGUCGGCCGCACUCUAUCAACCGCUCGUGUUUGCGCUUCCCGAUCACACCCGGUUUACGCUGGUAGACUUUCCACUGCAUCUACCGCUGGAGCUGUUGGGCGUGGACACUUGUCUGCGGGUCCUGACGUUGAUACUGCUGGAGCACAAGGUCAUCAUACAGUCGCGCAACUAUAACGCACUGUCAAUGUCCGUGAUGGCGUUUGUGCAUCUGAUCUACCCGCUGGAGUACAUGUUCCCGGUCAUACCACUGUUGCCGACCUGCAUGGGAAGCGCUGAGCAGUUGCUGCUUGCACCGACGCCUUACAUUAUUGGGCUACCAGCAACGUUUCUGAUGUACAAGAAGAACUUCAGAUUACCGGACGAUAUUUGGCUUGUCGAUUUAGAUUCGAACAAGUUAACGCCGGCGUCCGGCGAUAUGGAGGCAAUACCGAUGCUACCCGAACCGGAAGGCGGAAUUCUGAAAAAUCAUCUCAAACAGGCACUCAACUCGAUGACGUCCGGCAACCAAGCGUCAUCGAUGCCAAAUCGCCAGCAAGCCGUUAAUGGGCGUGAUAGCUUCAACAACUCUAGCGCCACAGCCACCGGUCUAGCACUGCAGGCACCACAAUCGUCUGGAUCGCACAGUUCCAAUCAGGGUGGAGGGGUGUCGUCCGCCGGUCAGGCACCGUUGACAGCGGCUCCCAGCACUACUACGGUUGCCUCGCAACAGCCCAGCCCUGUCGCACAGCCAUCCGCUACGAAUCCACUGAUUUUCGGUGCCGACGUCGAUUCGGUCGAUGUGGCAACGCGCGUCGCAAUGGUGCGAUUUUUCAACUCGCAAAACACGCUCGCCAACUUCACCGAACAUACGCGCAUCUUGCGUCUCUAUCCGCGCCCGGUGGUCGCCUUUCAGAUCAACAGUUUUCUGCGUUCGCGGCCCCGUACGUCUGCCUUUCUGAAUCGUUUCGCACGCACGCAAGCGGUCGAAUGGUUGGCCGAGUGGUCCCUGACGCCCUCGAAUGUGGCGUUUCUACGCGUGCAGACUGGCGUACUGGAUCCGGCGCAAGUCGGCGAUAAGCCGAAAUGGUACGCACACGCGCUGAACCCGAUACGCUUCCAGGUGUGGGACGAGGGUAGUUCUCUGAGUGUGGCACUCAAGCGUAUGCUGCGGCUCGAGAGUCAACCGACGGACGAGAGUGGUUCGGACUCGGACGGUGCAGACAGUACCAGCUCGUCGUACUCGUCGCUCAGUGACUUUGUGUCCGAGAUCGUAUCGUCGGACCUGUCACCGAGCCUGCACGAGGUUUACGCUAACCAGCACCAUCACCACCAUCAUGUAGCACCGAAAAAUCUGUCAUCGAAUCUGGACCCACAUCUCGUGUAUCGGCCGCCCAGCUCGUUACGCUUUCCGGAAGGUAUGCAGCCCCAACCGAGGGAACCGAGCGGUACCGAGCAGGCAGACUCCGCCGAAUCGACAUCCUCCAGCCAGUCGGACCUGAGCUCGCCCAGCUUCAACCGGGACUCGGAGUUUGAGUUUAAUCCGAAGACACGCAACGAAGUGCAUCUGGUGGUGAAGCCGGAGCGGGAACAUGGCAGCUUUGAGAACGAGUCGGACUCCAACUCCACGACUACACCGAAAACUAUCGUGUCGAAGGAUAGUGGAGGUUCGCACGAGGCUGUCGCGGGCGCUAAGCGUAGUGGUAAACUGUGCAAGAUACCACCACCGAUAUCGCCCAACUUUGGACGUCAGCAGAGUGGAGCGAACCUGCUCGCACGUACAUCUAGUUCCGGUUCGACCGGAUCGGGAAGUCAUCCACCGUCGCUUGGGUCGGCAGGUUCGCAGCGCCAGAGUUCACAAGGCUCACUGUUCGAGGUACUGACGACACAGGCAAAGGAACUUGUAAGGGAAACGACACGUCAGAGCAGUCAGGACGGGUUGUUGGCACAGAUGGAUAAGUUCAAAGUGCAGGCGAAGGAAAUAGAAGAAGAUCUCAAGAUUCUAGCACCCCUUGAGCAGCUUACAUUGCAGGCGAAGAAAGCAGCCGAGGAAGCGUCGAAGCAGGCACUCGAAGCAUCCAAGCAGGCGGCCGGUGUCAGCAAGAAUACGAUCGAAGAUCUGACGUACGUCGGCAAGUCUACCAUUGGCGAUCUGACCAAGUCGGCCAAGGAAGUGGCAGCGAAGAAGGGAUUACUGCAGCAGGGAGCCGGACCGUACUCGGGCCCUCAGUCGCUAAAUUCGCCAACAUCGAACACGGUGGCCACCACCAAUCAGUCGCUGUUUUCCUCGAUAACUAGCGAUUUUAAUGGGAUCGCCCAAUCUACAUCCUCCAUGUUUUCCGAUCUGUUCGGUAGCAAGCAGAAAAACCAACCACAGCACCAGCAGCACCAACAGCCACAACACCAGCAACAUCAGCAGCAUCAAAUGCAGCAUCCCCAACAGCAGGUUGGUGGUGAUGGGCAACGGGCAACCAGCAUGCUCCAGCAGCAACAGAUGAAGAUGAAGGAAAAGCUAUCGUUCGAUCCAUUCCCCGGUCGGAAAGGUUUGGUCGAGCGUAACCCGCUGAUCAAACAUUCUGGUCCAAAGCAAACAAAGGAGGAAAUUCAGCGGAUACAGAACGCGGAACGGUCGACGAGCAAUUCGGAAAAUCAAACGUUCCUCAAGGAUCUGGUGAAUCAGGUGCUGGCCGGUGAGGGCGUUGGAUGGUUAAAGCUGAACCGGCUGAAGAAGCUGAUGGAGGACGAAUCGUACCGCAUGCUGGUGCUCGGGAAGCUCAACAGGACGCUGGAGCGAAAAAUUGGUCCAGAUGAUCAUAUCGACGAUGUGUGCAUAUCGAAAUCGGUGUACAAGGGCACGCUAAAGUGUUUGGUAGCGAUCACGCACGGGCUGGAGCACACGAUAGGCAACUUUGGGCUCGGCGGUAUGGCGUCCGUGUUUCAAAUGAUGGAAAUCGCCCACACGCACUACUGGAGCAAGGAUCUAACCGAGGGUUCAGGUUCGGACAUGUCCGCCAGCUUACUGUCUAGUCAGAGUGUUAGUCCGAUGGGUAGCCGAGAGAACCUACGGUCCCCGCAAAGUCCCACCGAAAUGUCGGAUUGGAUGUUGGGUGGUUCGCGGAAAAGUUCCACCGCCACUACCACCGAGCACGUUGUCUUAUCUCGCCAUCCGUCGGAGAAUGAGCAGGAGAAUCAGUCCACGUCCGAGAUGUUCAAGGACAUGCUGUCACUGAAGCGCUACGUGCUGUUUAACAAGCUGACGUCGUUCGAUUCGGAGGGUAGCAUUGCGAUGCAAGAUUCAUCUGGGACAUUAUCUGUCGCUAGUGACGUUUUGCCGCAACAGCAAUCCGGUGACUUUUUGGCCACCUCCAUCUCGUGCCGCUCGACGGUGUCGGAUACCGAGUAUGAGAAGUUCCCGAAAAGUUCCACACUGAAGGACGCAAAAAAGAUGGCGGGCGGUAUAUUUUCCGGCAAAUCGUCACUGAGUGCCGGGUUCCGGUACACCGGCGGCAGCCUGAUUCCUUCGUCCGGUUCGCCGUCACCCGACGCACCGCGGGUGUAUCUGUUCGAGGGCUUGCUAGGUAAGGAUCGGUCCAGCAUUUGGGAUCAGAUGCAGUUCUGGGAGGAUGCGUUCCUGGAUGCGGUGAGCCAGGAGCGGGACAUGAUCGGGAUGGAUCAGGGACCGGGCGAAAUGAUGGAACGGUACAAGGCACUGUCGGAGUCGGAGCGCAAGCGGCUAGAGCACGACGAGGAUCGCCUACUAUCCACCAUGCUCUACAACCUGACCGCCAUCUUGGUGAUGCUGAAUGUGCACAAGCUGGAGAUAAAGAAGAAAGUGCGCCGCUUGCUGGGCAAGAGCCAUAUCGGGUUCAUUUACUCGCAGGAGGUGAAUUUACUGCUCGAUCAGAUCAACAAUCUGCACGGCAACGAUAUCGAUCUGAAGCCACUCGGAUCCCGGUUGCUUCAUCGGCAAAGCUUCACCGUCCACCAGGGUAUCGAUGCAAGCGGUUCGCUCCGGUUUAUCGAGGUGCGUGAUGAUGGGCUGGUGUUGCGCUCGGUCAACGGCAGCAUCACCGAACGGUGGUGGUUCGAACGGCUCGUCAACAUGACGUACUCGCCGAAAACGAAGGUACUGUGCCUGUGGCAGCGUAACGGUGGCCAAACACAGCUACACAAGUACUACACGCGCAAGUGCAAGGAGCUGUACAAUUGCAUCAAGGAGUCGAUGGAGCGCAGUGGAUGUGCGGGCCAAGCGCCCGAGCUAGGAGGUGAGUUCCCGGUGCAGGACAUGACUACUGGCGAGGGCGGUUUGCUACAGGUGUGCCUUGAGGGCGUCGGACUGUUGUUUGCCAACAGCAAGUUUUUCAUCCGACUGAACCACAUACGGAAGUGCUUCACACAGAAAGGUGGAGUGUUCAUACUGGAAGAGUACAAUCCUAAAACGAGACUUAUUAUACAGCGGAAAUACAAAUCUGCGAUGGCCGAUCAAAUCUGCUAUGCCGUCCUGUGCGUGUUCUCCUACAUUGCUGCCGGUCAGGACCAGACGAAGCAACAGCACGGUACAUCACCCGGGAAGGGAGCGUCGUCUUCCGCCGACCGUCAGACCGGUGUGUCCGGUACACAGCCAACCGUCGGUCUGUCACCGUCGGCCAAAGCUGGCCAAUCGCAGGCGCACCAGCAGCAAAUGCAAUCCCAAAAAAUUCCGCAAACCCAUCUCCCACAGCAGAGCUCACCGAAGCUGAAAACAGUGGUUGGCAAACCGAUUAGCCCGAAACAACCGACACCGACCAUCCAGCAGCCCGUACAGCAGCAGCAGCAGCAGCAGCAACAACAGUACCAGCCUCCAUCACACCCACCUCCAACGCUUCAAUCACAACCACCACAGCAAAACCUUCAACGAAAGCUCUCCAACACCUCCCAAACCGAUGCGGGUGUACCCGGGACGGUAAAGCCGCCAACGAUUCCCGCGCGCCCGAAAGCGGUCACACCCUCCAGCUCCGUCACGAGCAGUCCACCCUCGACCAAGGCACCGAUACUGCCGGCAAACCGUGGCCCACCGCCAGCCAUUCCACCGCGCACCAGCCUUUCCCAGCGGUCCGAUUCCGUCAGCAGUAGCGUCAGCCACCAGCAACCCCUGCAGCGACAGUACUCCGCCAUCGAACCGUCCGCUUCCGGCCGUCAGUCUGCCAGCAAACCGUUCCCAUUCCGUUCGCUCCAGAAACAGUCGACCGAUGCGGGCGCUUCGUUGGAACAUUGA